CAAAUUAUUUAUCCUUUUCACAGCACUGUAAGCAGUUGGGGGGGGGUCCUUUCUUUUUUGCUUGAGGCAGAAAAUUAUAUUGCAAUUUCAAUCAGUGCCAGAAUAGAAAGAAAAAAAAACUACAUCUCUAACAUUCCUGAACAUUUCAAUAACGCAAAUCCCAAUUUGCAGUGAGAAAAAUGGUGAAGAAAUGAAUGGCUCUCAUAAUGAAAGUGUUCACAACGUUUGGAAAAGUGGAGAAUCACGGGUGCUUAUUCGGAUCCCUCUCACAUCCAUAAAACACUUCUUGGACAUACUUGACAACUAUGCGUAACGACGCGUGCCUCUAGUGGCACCGUGGAAGGAGGGUCGUCAGACGCACGCAGAUGCACCGCUUUUCUGCACUACCUUUCCAUCCUGUGCAAACUGGGAGAUUUGUCAAACGAAUACUGGGCAACAGAGGUCCUUUUCAGUAGUUCUUUUCAGUCCUUCAAUAACCAGCUUCGCGCAAUCAUCGUGCGCAACUGGAGAGGAGCGUCGCGGAGCAGAUUUCCUUCGCGGUGUUCUGAACUGUUCUAUUAAGUGAAAUGAAGGACUGUAAUGAUUAAACUGCAUCAAGAUCUUUUUUGAGUCAUUGAAGUGUGUUGAAAUUCCUCAGCACUCAUCGCGCAACAUUUUUUCUCUGUCUGUCUUUCGGACGACAGAAUCGUUCGAGGCAACCCAAAGUUCCGCAGGCGCAGAUCUCCUCCACAGCGGUGCAGGAGUCCGACUCGGCUGUUGCCGUGGUACUUGCCAGUAGAUAGAUAGCAUCGUCGGUAGGAGGGGAUACAGAGACUCCUGCAGGCUAAUUGUAGCAGCCUGCAGUCGCAGGUGUUUCGCUGAUCUGCUUGUGAGGGACUGAGGGGUUCCAUCCUGAUCGAGUCGCUCUCAGACUUGUGAGAAAACAGAAAAAAGAAAGAAACCCUGGGAGAAUGUUGCACCAAGUACAAUGAGCGCAGACUUGUCGCAGACACCAAAAUCCAUAUAUGCUCCGCCGAUUUCAGUUUUGAUGAGCAAUUCUGACUCGUCUUUGGAAUUUUAAAAAGUGGAUCCCGCGACUUUAUAACCAUGCGAAAUACUUGGCUGUCUCCCCGGAGUGCGAUUUGGGAAUACUGGACAUCGCUGAUUGCAUGUCUCUUUUGGAUUCAGUACACUUACGGGAUGCCUCAUGUUAUUCGAAUAGGUGGGAUUUUCGAACAAACAGACGGACCUGUUUCACUUGUUAGCGCAGAGGAGCUUGCCUUUAAAUUUGCUGUCAAUAAUAUUAACAGAAACAGGACUUUGUUGCCAAACACAACUUUAACAUAUGACAUACAGAGGAUUAAUAUCUAUGACAGCUUUGAGGCAUCAAGAAAAGCUUGUGACCAGCUGUCUUUAGGUGUGGUUGCAAUAUUUGGGCCCUCACAUAGCUCAUCGUCAAAUGCUGUGCAGUCCAUCUGCAAUGCCCUGGAAGUGCCACACAUCCAGGUGCGGUGGAAACAUCACCCGAUGGACAACAGGGACUCCUUUUAUGCCAAUUUAUACCCAGAUUACUCGUCCUUAAGCUACGCUAUCCUGGACCUGGUGCAGUUUCUCAAAUGGAAAACAGCCACUGUUGUAUAUGAUGACAGCACAGGUCUUAUAAGACUACAGGAGCUGAUAAUGGCCCCAUCCAGGUACAACAUCCGACUAAAGAUCCGUCAGCUUCCUCUCGACACACAGGACACGAGGCCCCUUCUCAAAGAAAUGAAGAGAAGCAGGGAGUUCCGCAUCAUCUUUGACUGCAGUCAUCACAUGGCUGCGCAGAUUUUGAAACAGGCCCAGACCAUGGGGAUGAUGACAGAGUAUUACCACUAUAUCUUCACCACUCUGGACCUGAUGGCCAUCGACUUGGAGCCGUAUCGCUUCUGUGGCGUCAACAUGACCGGCUUCCGCAUUCUUAAUGUGGACAAUCCUCAGGUUUCAUCUAUUGUGGAGAAAUGGUCAAUGGAAAGACAGAUACCACCUAAACCUGACUCCGGCCUGCUGGAGGGAAUCAUGACGACAGAUGCAGCUCUGACCUAUGAUGCAGUCCACAUUGUAUCCGUUUCCUACCAGCAUGCUCCACAGAUGACGGUAAACUCACUGCAGUGCCACCGCCACAAACCCUGGAGAUUUGGAGGACGCUUCAUGAGUUUCAUCAAAGAGUCCCACUGGGAUGGUCUUACGGGGAGACUGUCCUUUAACAAGACAACUGGUCUACGCACAGACUUCGACCUGGACAUCGUCAGUCUAAAGGAGGACGGGCUUGAAAAGGUAGGGAAGUGGAGUGCGUCGGGAGGUCUUAACAUCACAGAAGUGCCGAAGCGAAAAGGGAUGAACAUCACUGAUUCCCUGGCUAACCGCUCCCUUGUCAUCACCACUAUCCUGGAGGAGCCAUAUGUCAUGCUUAAGAAGUCUGACAAGGCGCUGGUUGGGAACGACCAAUUCGAAGGAUUCUGCAUUGACUUGCUAAAAGAGCUGGCCAACAUCCUGGGCUUCACAUACGAGAUCCGUCUGGUUCCCGAUGAGAAAUAUGGCUCUCAGGAUGAAAAGGGCCAGUGGAAUGGCAUGAUUAGGGAACUUAUAGAACAUAGAGCAGACUUGGCAGUGGCUCCUCUCACCAUCACCUACAUGCGUGAAAAGGUCAUCGACUUCUCCAAGCCCUUCAUGAGCAUGGGCAUCAGCAUCUUGUAUCGCAAACCCAACGCCACCAACAACGGCUUCUUCUCAUUCCUGAACCCCAUGACUCCCGAUAUCUGGGUCUACAUCCUGCUGGCCUACCUGGGCGUUAGCUGUGUCCUUUUUGUCAUUGCCAGGUUCAGCCCGUACGAAUGGUACGACGCCCAUCCUUGUAAUCCCGGAUCAGAUGUAGUGGAGAACAACUUCACCCUCCUCAACAGCUUCUGGUUUGGAGUCGGUUCCUUAAUGCAACAAGGCUCAGAAUUGAUGCCCAAAGCCCUGUCGACCAGAAUAAUUGGCGGGAUCUGGUGGUUCUUCACACUCAUCAUCAUAUCGUCCUAUACAGCUAAUUUAGCAGCUUUCCUCACUGUGGAAAGAAUGGACUCCCCUGUGGACUCGGCUGAUGACAUUGCCAAGCAGACCAAGAUUGAGUACGGUGUGGUUAAAGAUGGUGCAACCAUGACUUUCUUUAAGAAAUCUAGGGUUUCUACUUUUGAGAAGAUGUGGGCCUUUAUGAGCAGCAGGCCAAGAACAUCACUGGUGAAGUCCAUUGAGGAUGGAAUUCAGAGAGUGCUGAAGUCAGACUAUGCCCUCAUUACGGAGUCGACCACUAUUGAUUACAUCACGAGGAGGAACUGUAACCUGACACAGGUGGGAGGGAUUAUCGACAGCAAAGGUUACGGCAUCGGCACUCCCCUCGGCUCCCCGUACAGGGACAAAAUCACCAUAGCAAUCUUAAGCAUCUUGGAGGAUGGGCGCCUACACAUGCUGAAGGAGAAGUGGUGGAGUGGGAGCAGCUGCUUGGAUGAAGAGCGUCGAGAAACAGGCCCCAUGGGUAUCCAGAACCUGGGUGGUAUAUUCAUUGUGCUGGCAUCUGGCCUCGUGCUGUCUGUGUUUGUGGCAAUCGCCGAAUUCAUCUACAAGCUAAGGAAGACUGCGGAACGUGAGCAGAGGUCUUUGUGCAGUGCCAUGGUGGACGAGAUCAGACUGUCGUUCACCUGCGAGAGACGGGUGAAACACAAGCCACAGCCUCCAGUCAUGGUGAAGACGGAUGCAGUGAUCAACAUGCACGCUUACAACGACCGACGACUCCCGGGAAAGGACAACAUGAGCUGCAGCACUGGGAUGACUCCCGUAUUCCCAUGACAUUGUGUUCCCCGCAGGGCAAGAACCUCCUGAGCAACGUGUCAGGGGUGGUGCCAGAGACUAGAGACAAUGGCAUAGACGGGAUCACCAGAUACUCCAUUAACCACAGUGACAUGGGGACACUAACAAAACAUGGGCAACUCAAAAUGGCAGCAUCAGCCACACAGGUAUGACAACAUUCACCACUUAAAUCCAAACUACAAGAGGUAAAAAAAAAAAAAAAAAACACAA